GUCAACAGAGAAACAUGGCGGAAGGCGGAGUGAUGGAAAAUGUGCCGGUUUAUGAAAACGUCGACGUGAAUACAAAACCUUUUCACAUUGGCGCUUUCAGAAAUCUGUGGCUAGAAGUACUGAAACCUGAACAGUACUCCUUCAGUCAAACGGAGCCCGCGGUGGAGGACGUGGAGUUUAUGGAGGAGAUGGGGGUCUCUGCGGAAACGCUGGAGGAGCUCAAAACGAUCUGCAGCACUGACUCCCUGCGGAGCCAUCCAGCAGAUGAAGCUCCAGAUCCAGAUGUUGUGCCUCCAGAUCCAAAGUUGGCAACUUUAAAACUUCGGAAGAAGAAGCAAGAUUAUAAAAAGACUCUUGUACGGGAAAGCAUUGGAAGACAUGACAUAUAUGCCAAUGAAAUGGAGAUGCUUGCUGUGGGCAGGAAGACUGACAACCCUCAGAACUCAGUACCUGAGGGGGAAAUCAUUUUAACUUUCAACAUUGUGUAUCCUGUCCUUUUUGAGCGGUUCAAGUAUGUAAGGGCGUAUCAGACUCUGCAUGUGCUGGGCUCUCAGAAGCUGACCGAGCUGAGGGAUGCUAUCUGCUGUGUCAGUGACCUGCAGGUGUUUGGGGAAUUCAGCAAUACACCUGACAUGGUGCCUCAGUUCAUCAGCAAGGAUCACUACAAAUCUGCUUUCUUCUUCUUUGAAGGGACCUUUUUCAAUGACAUGCGGUUUCCAGAAUGUCGGGAUAUCAGCAAGACCACCCGUGACUGGGCAAAGAAUAAUGACUUCCCAGAUUUUAAAACAGCAAAAAUGGAGGACACAAUUUUCUACGACCUGAGAAUGAAGGUGGGCUAUCCAUACCUGUACUGUCACCAGGGCGACUGCGAGCAUGUGGUCAUUCUCACUGAUAUCAGGCUGGCCCACAGGGAUGAUUGCCUGGAUGCAACGCUGUACCCGCUCGUGACUCACAAACACAGGGUCGUGACCCGGAAGUGCUGUGUGUGCCAUCUGUAUAUCAGCAGGUGGAUAACAACAAAUGACGCUCUUGCGCCGAUGGACCCCUGUCUGUUCUGUGAUCAGUGCUUCCGAAAGCUCCACUAUGACGAAGAUGGGAACAAACUGGGUGAUUUCCAAGCGUAUGUUUAUGUUGACCCAGGAGCGCUCAACUGAACCCAGUUUAAAGGGGCAAAUGUGAAUGUAAAUCUACUGCUGUGCAGUAUUGUUUUUCCUUCUUUUUGUUGACUAAGAAGAAAUGUUUUUUUGCUAACGAUACCUUUCUUCCCAAUUUAGAUGUAGCGAAUUGCCAACAUAGCAGUUCUCUGUCUUAUCUCAGGGUCAGGAAAAAAAUAAUUUCCAUAUGUUACAAAGCUCAUUCUGAGAGAAAAAAGGCUUCAUGUGAUUCCUAUACUGAUAAAGCAUCUCCUACUCAUUCUUGUUUAUUUUGUUUGUUUUUUUGUGUAAUGUUUGAGUUGAAUGUUUUGAGGAUGUUUUCUAAAGUGAAAUUAAUCAUGUAAUUACACUAUUUUCCUGCUCAGUUCUUCAAUAUAAAUAUUGAUUGAAUAUUGAGUCUUAGAGCUGUAGUAGCUUGUAUUCACUAUCAUCAGUUCUUACAAUAGGUAGUGUAUAAAUUAUGUGCAACAAAGGAUACAGGAUACCCGCAAUGCACUGUGAUGGAUUUGUUACACAGUGAUGAGCAAAUCGGGCUAAUGUGUACCAUUUUAUUUGCUAAAACAUGAAAUAUAUUCAUUAUAAUAUUGUUCUAUGAAGUGCUACAAUGUAGGGAAUAGUGAUUAGGGAUUAUUUCUGUUCCCAACAAUAGUGUUGUGCUGCAAUAUAGGGAAAAGGGGACUGUAGCAACCUCAAAUGUCUUGAUUCUUUUGUAAUUGUUUGAUACGCACCUUCUCUGCAUCAUGUACUGGAUUCAGUUCCCUCCAAUCAGAAAUAUUUUGUCCCCUAUAGCUGUCAGUUCACACCAGAUAUAUAAACAUUUCUUCUUUUGUUAGUCUGCAUAACAUGAUCAGGUCACAUGCAAAACUUGAUUGAUUAAUUUUGCUCAAACAAUGAACGGAAUGAGCAUUGUGACUUAAUGUAGGUAUUUGGUGGCCUUUGUGUUCUCUUUAAUAGUGUAAAUUAUCCUGAUUUUAAGGAUUAUUUCCAGUAAGUUUCAGGGCAGUAGCACCAGGAUAUAGCCUUAGGAAGGGGUCCGGAUUGCUGGCUUAGGAGUGGCAGACGGCAGAAGAAAACUCUCAUUACGCAGAAGUCAGUCUUGCCCCAGGCAGUUCACCCUUUAAGAGUCCUCUUGACACAGUGGUGCCAGGUAAUUUAGGGUCUGCAGACCUUGAUUACGUAGCUUAGAUAAGGUGGCAACUGCAGGAGAGCAAAAAUGUAAUUGUGCCUCACUUCCAGGGCUCUGUUAAAGAGUGAAAUGUGGUAAAAUGGAUUUCCAUCUUAUAUGACUAGAGCAAUCAUGUGACUUCACUUAGUAACAUAUGUAUACACACUUAUAUGCAUAGUUUGUGUUUUCUAUAUGUGCUUGAUCGAUAAAUUCUAGACCAGUGGUCACCAACCCCGGUACUGGAAAUCUACAAGUCUAGUUCCAACCACAAUCUGCCACACCUGAUCCAGCUAAUUAACUUAUUCUGAAGUCCUUGAUUGGCUGGAACAGAUGCAUUUGUGUUAGAUAAGAGGGGUUAAUAUGUUCAUGUUCAGGUUGGAAUAAAACUGCGGUUUUAAAGUAGAUCCACAGGAGAAGGGUGUGCGACCUCUGUUCAGUACAGUCUGAGUAAUACAGUGAAAGGCACCAAGCUUUACUCAACAUUGUAGGUUCCUGAAUACAAUAUGGGGACUAGAGGAAGACUGCUAAGAAUAUGCUUGACUAGUGCUUGGGAUGUGGUUGCUAUUUGCUAAUGAACUUAAAUGGCUACUACGUUAAGGGCUAUUAACAUUUUCAAGAUUAUCUAACACUAAGUACCUUUCUAUUACACCCUUGCCCUAAAGCUGAAGUUUGUCAGACAUGCCUGGUCCCUGUCCUGGUCCACUUGGGUGUUUAAAUUCAGGCCUUGAGGGCCAGUUUUUAGACCUGUAUCUGUGGAGCAGGGAUGCCCAGUCUUAUCCAUGAAGCGUCAGAGAGGCUGCAAGAGGCUGUAGUAGCAGCCCCCUUAAAGCCUGAAUUUUGUUCAUGAUGUGCAUUUUGCAGUGUGCCAUAUGCAGUGUUGGGGUAGUUAUUCAAAAAGUAACCCAUAGCAUAAUUACUAAUUACUACUCUCAAACUGUGAUGGGUUUGCUUACUACUUCCUGGAAAAGUAACAAUUAUCACUAACUCUGUUAUGCUCUACAAUCCAAAAACAUAUGUACCAACUGUACAAGGGAAAACCCCCCAAAAAAUUGUAUUAAUAAGAAAGGCUUGUCACUAUCCCUGCCUUCAAACAAGACAUAGGUAGUUGCUGCUGUCAAAGAUUGUGUGGCUUGAUUGAUAUUGUGAUGUGCUGGGUUCUCAGAAGAAACUCAGAGGAAUCAAAGUUCUGGUCCAUACUUGGCUUUACUUGAAUUACUGAGAUAAACACUCUGCUAGCUCUCGCCUCUUGAAGAACCUUCAAAAUAAAACUCCUUGGCAGACUGAGUCUAACAAAAUCAUUUACUAUGAAAUAAAUAGCCUAAAAUAAGCAGGACCAACAUUUCUUUAAGAGUAAAUAAACAGAAACAGGCAUGACUGACGCCACAAUACAUACUUUGGAAGUAGGAUGACAUUUGAUGUUAACGUGUGUUAUUUCCAUUUUUAAGAUAAAGUAUAUUUAAUAAAGAAUUCAGAAGAACACUGUCUCUACUGACUCGAUAUUACAAAAUAAGCUGCAUGUGGGUAGCUUAAAACAAUCCUGCUGAAAAAAGGCCAUUAAAGCCAUUAGGUUUAGGUGGUUUUGCUUUCUAAGGGGAAUUGGCUUUAAAGUCACAGAUGUACAGUUGUAUCAGGAUCUACAUGAGGGACUAGAUAAAGAUUUUAGGGGGCCCAGUGGCUGCAGGCCACCCUGCACAGUGGGCCCUAAUGCCAUUGCCCCUUCCCGUGUAUGGCAUAUCAUUUAGCAUGAUGUCACUGUGUAUUUUACUCCUGGCUUAAAACGCCUUCCCAUGUCCUAAUAUAUGAAUGCUUUUGUGUUCAUCAGUGUGAAUGAGAGAGACAGAAUGAAGAAAUAAAUGUUCUCUGAGGCUGCAGUGUCCUCUCCAGCAUUCUUAGAUUUAGUGCUCUUCUCCUCAGGGCUGGAGUCUCCGUUCAAAACCCUGUUAUCUGUGAAAACACACACACACACACCACUAAGACUCCCACACUUGCGUAUUGCAGCUGUGAAAUGUAUUUGUCAUGAAGGCUUGUGCAUGUGAUGCUGAGCAUCAGAGGAAUAAAAAGCUCCAUCAAUCUAUAACGCUUCCCUUAACUGCUGUUGCGUCACAGUUCACACCCAAACUGCAUAUAAAUCAGCUUACAUUCCACAGCAAAUCUCUCUUAAAGGUCAGCUCGGGUAGCGUGCGAUCAUUUGCGGAAAUGGCCGCACCUACGUAAAUGUGGUUCACACAGGAAAGGAAAAGAGUUGUUUUAGGAAAUACUUCCAAACCAUAAAGUUACAGGUAUUAAAUGUGUACUAUAUAUUGAGCAUUGGGUAUGCUCCUAAAGAUUACAUGUAUGUGCAAUACUGUAGAAAAGUCUUAGGCACCUAAGUAAAUUAUUUUAAAUGAAUAAUCUUGGCAGUAAGUCUGCUUAUUCUUGUAAAAACACCACAUCAUUAGAUACAUCAGAUUUGUUCAAUUCCGUCAGCAGCAGACCAGAUUUAACAUAAUGAAGUAUUUAUCAGUCCAAUCAGGUGUUGGACAAUAACUACAAAUAAUACUCGACAGUACUAGAAAAUACUAAUGAUGAGAGGUUUGAAUGAGGUUAAAUGAACAUUGACGUACAUAAAAUCACUACUUUUUGUAUUUGUAUCAUUUGUAUUUAUUGUAAUAGUGUUUUUUCAGAGCAAAUAAAUGCUUAGUGCCUAGAUAAACAGCUUUCUAAAUCUAAUUUACUCAGGUGCCUAAAACUUUUUUAGCAUUAAUGUAAACAUUCUGAAAAGUACCAGGUCACUCUUAGACAGAACACACCCUGGGUUAGAUUGACAUAUUUCAUAUUGUCUAAAUGCUGGGUUACGUUAAUCCCAUAAAUGGGUUAUUUUUAUUCCAAUACUUACAGUAAUUCAGUUAGUACAGUAAGUAAAGAAAAAAUACAUUUUUACACAGUAGUUGGCGAGACCAGAGGCUAAAUUUGGCAAGAACGAUGACAAACACCAGACAAGUCCAGGUAUAAUACUAUUGAGUCCUAGUCCAUAGUAAAUGAGAAAAAAAUAGUCUGGAGGCUGCACCAUAGUACUCAAUCAAUAACGGUCAUCCCACUGUCAAUUCAAAUUUUUAUUUUAUUUAUUUAUUUUUUUUGGGUGAUGGUUAGCACCACAAACAGUGCUCUAUUGCUUUUCUUGGUUAUCUUGCUGAUGUUAUAUUGCUGAUGUGUCACCUAACGAGCACAGUGAUGGGGGAGGCGGGCAGCUUGGUUCAGCAGAUGAGUGAUUUAUGACAUAUUGCCAAAAGUGUUCAGUGAGUGUCCAAUACCACAUGGCAUGUAUAUAGUUGUCUGGUGUGUUUAAUGAGCAGUGCGAGCAAAUUUCAGUGUCUGCAAAUCCCAUUUUAGAUCAUUUUUGUAUAAGGUGAAGGUUUUUGAUUGUUGGGUCUGAUUCAGAUAUUAAUCUAUACAUUUUGGAUAAGAGUUUACUUGAGGAAAGAAUAUUGAGGAAAUCAGAAAUUGGUGGGAUGAGGGCUAAUAUAUUUCCUUCGAAUUUGUAUUCGAGAAACUGGUUGUUCUCUAUGCCACAUGUCUGGGUUUACACGUGAGAAGGAUGUGAAGUUACAGUUCUGAAAGAUGUGAUAGAAAUGCGUAACAUCUUUUUCUAUCCAUUUGUAUCGAUUUGGUAUCUUUAUAGUUGCUGGGAAGACAGGUUUGUGCCAUAUGAGUGUUUGGUGAGUGAAAGUAUAGCGUUUGUGAGCUUGUGAAAUCUCCACCAGGCUGUUAGAGUUGAUGUUAUUAUUAGGCUUUUAAAACAAAGGUGGUGUUUGAGUGUUGGACUAAGAAAGGGUAAGUCUGAGAUUUGAAUUUCAUUACUUACUUUCAUUACUUCAUUACUUGUUAGAAUUUGUUCUACUUCUCUCCAUGGUUUGUCUAUCUGAUUAGGUUUUAUCCAUUUGACUACAUACUGUAGUUGAUUGGCAAAUAGAUAUUGCUGAAAGUUAGGGGCUUCGGGGCCUGCCUGAGGUUUAGGUUUUUAUAAUGUUGUUAGUUUAAGUCUAGGUGGCUUGUUUUUCCAAUAAAACUUGGAGAUAAUGGAGCCAACCAGCUAGGGGGGAGGUUGAAUAAGAAUAAUUGAACAUAAGUA